CUUUAUUGAUAAUCUGUCACAACACAGCGACCUGCAAGCAGUGCGGCGUCUUAAAUAAGGUGUAGCCGAGGGUUUACGCCUUUAGAAAUGAACACAAAGGCUGAAGUGUUUCCCAUCAGUGUUGUUCCGUGGUACCGGAGGGCGGUCCGCUCUUAGGCCUGCGGGUUUUUAAUAAUUAAUCAUUAGCUGGGUAAACGUGACCUCUCUCUCCACCCCCCCCCCUCUCUCUCUCUCCCUCUCCCUCCCUCUCUCCAUCUUUCUCUCUGUGCAGAAGUGCGGGACAGUCGCAGAAAGUCUUCACAGUUUUACUUCCGCAUCUUUAAAGUGAUCAGACCUUUUGUUGCAGGUGAAGCUGUGAACCGCCUUCACACAAUUCACAGAUUCAUCCAUCUUCUGUCCACAAAGAGGACGCUGACUUCAUCAGAGGACCGAUGGCGGGAGUCAAGAAGGACAUCUUAAAAAUGUUCAAACAGCUCAAGGAGGAGGAGUUCAAAGAGUUCAAGUGGCACCUGGAGAACGAGCCAAUCCCGGGAGACCCCCGAGCAGUCCCACCCAGUGACCUGCAGAACGCAGACCGGAUGGACACAGUGGACCUGAUGGAGCGUCACUACGGCACAGACUCGGCUCAGUUGGCCACGACGGUUUUGGAAGAGAUGCAAAAGAACGAUCUGGCCGAAAUAUUAUCCAAGACAACCUCUGUGGGCGAACCAAAUCCUGUGGGAGGAGAUGGAAAUCAAGAGAUUAUCGCAAGACCAGGUCUGAGGAAGUAUUUCUGUGAACUCACAAUCGACACAAACACAGUAAACAAAAACCUCAAACUGUCUCACAACAACAGGAAGGUGACAAAUGUGAAGGAGGUUCAGUCAUAUCCAGAUCAUCCAGACAGAUUUGACUGUUAUCAGCUGCUGUGUGGAACUGGUCUGACUGGUCGCUGUUACUGGGAGGUCGAGUGGAGCGGAAGAUUUAAUGCAUCAGUGAAUUACGGAGGAAUCAAGAGGAAAGGAGACAGUGAAGCCUGUUGGUUUGGAUACAAUGAUCAGUCCUGGUAUCUGGAAUGCUCUGAUAUAGGUUACAUUGUCCGUCACAAAGGGACAGAAACACGCAUCACAUCCUCCUCCUGCUCCUUCCCCUCUGGUAGAGUAGCAGUGUAUGUGGACUGGCCUGCUGGCUCUCUGUCCUUCUACACAGUCUCCUCUGACAGACUGAUCCACAUCUACACCUUCAACACCACAUUCACUGAGCCUCUUUAUGCUGGGUUUGGGCUCUGGUACAGUGGUUGCUCAAUGUCUCUGUGUUCUCUGUAGGAGGAAGAGUCUCCUCCUGUAGAGAACAUGUGGAUGCAGGUGGAGCAGGUGAGGCGACACAACAAAUCGAUGGUGGUAUUUGUUGCCAACACUUUGAAUAAUUUAUUUUUAUUGAUUUUAUCGAUCAUUGCAGCCCUAAUCUAUAGAUUAUCAUUUAGAUAAAUGUCUCUGUAUGAUAAAUUGUUCCUGUGUGUGUGUGCUUCAUUUGCAUUCAUGCUAAUAAAAGCAAGUUUUGUCAAGGA